AUGGCGACGACCAAGAACCUUGUAAAAUUAUUUGACAGACCCAAAGAGUUAUGUAUUAUGCCCAAAGGUGAUGACAAAACAAUAUUUGAUGUGCCUGCAGAAUAUUUGCCUGAUCAAUAUAAAAAUGUCGGCGUUCAGAUUGUUAGCAAAUUUGGAGAGGAAGCUGUUGGAGGAAAAAUUCAAGUCAAACCCAUUUCGAUUCCCUAUUUGGGAGAUGUUUUGGACUUAAAACGAGACGAAAACUUUUCUUUAUUUCUUCCUAGACAUCGGCGGAUCGCCGGAGAGCUUAUCAAUAUCUACAUAGGUAUGCGUACUACAGACGAUUUGUUAUCUAUUGCUGUGUACACCAGAGACCGUGUCAAUCCCUGCCUCUUUAAUUAUGCAUUGUCUGUUGCUCUAUUGCAUAGACCUGAUACCCAAAACCUAGAUCUUCCAUCUUUUAUUAAAUCGUUUCCUGAUAAAUAUGUCGAUGCUAAGGUUUUUGCAAGAGCAAGAGAAGAAACUAGUAUUGUGCCAACUGCCACGGCUAGGAAUCCAAUUGAAAUACCAAUGGACUUCACUGCUUCCAAUCUCGAAAUGGAACACCGACUGGCUUAUUUCAGAGAAGACUUAGGGAUUAAUCUUCACCAUUGGCAUUGGCACUUGGUUUAUCCAUUUGAUGGUGCUUUUGAAGUUGUCAAUAAAAAUAGGAGAGGGGAGCUAUUCUACUAUAUGCACCAACAAAUUAUAGCAAGGUAUAACUUCGAACGUCUGUGUAAUUCACUUUCACGUGUUGAACGAUUUAUUGAUUGGAGAAAACCUAUCCCUGAAGCUUACUUUCCAAAAUUGGAUAGUUUAGUGGCAAGCAGAGGUUGGCCUUCUCGAGUGGCCAACCAGACCUGGGCCAAUCUUCGACGAGAAACUGAUCAAGUAACUCAAGAUAUUGAUGACCUUGAAAGGUGGAGAGACCGUGUUUUUGAGGUGAUUCACAGUGGACGAGCGAGAAGGGCUAAUGGAACUUUUGUUGAACUUACCGAAAAUGAAGGAAUUGAUAUAUUGGGAAAUAUUAUCGAGUCAAGUAUUCUGUCUCCAGAUCGAGAUUUUUACGGAGAUUUACAUAACAUGGGACAUGUUUUUACAUCUUAUGUGCAUGACCCCGAUCAUAGACAUCUUGAGUCUUUUGGUGUAAUGGGCGACACUGCUACAACCAUGCGUGAUCCCAUGUUUUAUAGAUGGCACGGAUAUAUUGACGAUGUGUUUCAACAGUUCAAAUCCACUUUACCAAGAUAUACUGUUCAACAGUUAAUAUAUGAAGGAGUAACAGUAAAUUCUGUUAGUGUGGAAUCGGCAGGCAAUCGCAAUAUUCUCAAUACUUUCUGGCAACAAUCAGAUGUAGAUCUUUCCAGAGGAAUGGACUUUCAACCUAGUGGAGCCGUUUUUGUACGAUUUACACAUCUUAACCACCAACCAUUUAAUUAUCGUAUCAACGUGAGUAACACAGGAGCUCCUAGACAAGGAACUUGUAGAAUAUUCCUGGCACCCAAAUUCGAUGAGAGGGGAAACCCAUGGUUAUUUAGAGACCAAAAGCAUAUGUUUAUUGAAAUGGAUAGAUUUAGAGUUAACUUACAACGGGGACAAAAUACUAUUACUCGAGCUUCUACCGAAUCUACCGUAACUAUUCCAUUUGCAAGAACCUUCCGUGAUUUGGACACCAACAGACCUGAAGGAGGUGAUAGUCUCGAGCAGUUUAACUUUUGCGGUUGUGGUUGGCCCCAACAUAUGUUGAUACCAAUGGGUAAUAGCCUUGGAUUUAGAUGUGAACUAUUUGUAAUGAUUUCUAACUAUGACGAUGACAGAAUCAUUCAAGAUAUCUCUGGAGUUUGUAACAGUGCUGAUGUUUUCUGCGGUGUUAAAGAUAAACUUUAUCCUGAUCGCCGGUCAAUGGGAUAUCCAUUUGAUAGACAAGCGAGAGUAGGGAUAGAUACUUUGCAACAAUUCCUCACACCAAAUAUGAGGGUUCAAGAUAUAGUUAUCAGAUUUUCUAACAGGACUGUACAACCAACAUCAAGCAACAAAUAA